AUGAGCAUGAGAGAUGUUGCUGCAAAGUUUCAUGUCAACUCCUUUAGCUCGAUUUCCGAAUGGGUGAAUAAGCUUGAUGAGUUGAAGAAAUCAGUAAAAUCUGAUAAAAAAUUAAAAUUAGAAAGCUUCACUCAAUUUCCAGAGCUAGAGAAAGAACUAGUUCAUUGGUUUACUGCAAUCCGUGAGCAAGGUAUUCAGGUUCUCAGAUCAACGAUUGAGGAGAAAGCAAAAAGUUUGGCGGCAGAAAUGGGAUUGGCGCGAUUCGGCUGUGGAGAUAAAUGGUGGCAAGGAUUUAGGACCAGAAAUAAUUUAUCUUUCAGAAAAAUCAAUGCCUCAAGCAUUAAGCCAAUCGAAAAAGAGGCAGAACUUGUCAGGCAAUACCUAGAUGAUUUAGCGUCAUUGCUUCCUCAAUUCGUUCCAUCUAACAUUUACAAUUUCGAUGAAACGAGAUUUGAUUGAGAUGUAAAAAGCAAGUUCACUUAUGAUUUCAAGGGAACUCAACGAAUUCUAGGCGUUCAAUCAGCUAAAAUGAACCAUUUUAUCACUGUUAUGCUUAUGAUUAGAGCUGAUGGAGAAAAAAUGCCUGCUUUGCUCAUUUUUCAAGAGAAAAAUGGCCAGAUCCCGAACCUUGUAAGAGAAAGACUGAAUAUUCCAGAAAAUGUCAUCAUAAAAUCAAAUAAAUCUGGCUACAUUUCUGACCAGAUUCUUAAUGACUACCUCAGAACAAUAUUGAGACGAGAAAACCAACUGCUGAUUUAUGAUCAGGCUGGAAGUCAUAAAACUAUCAUGAUUUCUAAUGCAAUUUCAGAUUUAGAUGCAACCAAAAUUGUGAUCCCUGGAGGGUGCACAAAGUAUUUGCAACCACUUGACGCACUGGUAAUUGCAAAUUUCAAAUCAAAAACAACAGAUUUCAGAAUCAAAUUCCAAACAGAGCAGAUUGAAAGAAGAUCGAAAAGAACUGGAAACCUCAAAGCUCUUGAUCGCCAGCAACUGAUAAACAUUGCUUCAAAGGCGUGAGAUGCUGUAAGCCCUCAACUUGUCAGAAAAUCAUUUGAGUUGACGGGUUCUUAUGGCGUUAAUCAUCCAAAGAUUUUCAGCCAUCAAGUUAAUAUGAAGAAGUUAAUUAUCUAA